GAUGCUGGUCUUUUUUUUUUUUUUUUUUUUUGCUGCUGGAGCCCCCAUACAAGGGGACCGUUUCGGGAUUUCUUUUUUUUUCCCCCUUCCCGAUCCAGGCUAUAGAGAGCGGGAGGACGGUGAAAGCCGGACCGGACGUUUGGUCACCCGGAAGAAGAGAUAACUGGAAAUACCUAAUCAUGCAAUGGCUUUUGAAGACAUACCAAAAAAGAACUGGUAUAGCAUCUUGGAUGCAGAACCCUCUGAUAAUUUAAAAGAAUUGAAAAGAAAAUAUCAAAGACUAAUAUUGCUGUAUCAUCCAGACAAACAGAGCACAGAUGUGCCAGCAGGAGAAGCAGAGGCACGCAUGCAGAGGUUCAUCGAAAUUGAUCGAGCAUGGAAAAUUCUAGGAAAUGAAGAGAAAAAAAAAGAGUAUGACCUGCAGCGGCGUGAAUAUGAGUUAGAACAAGGAUGUCCAGUGGAUACUCAGGUUUCACUUGAAGAUAUGACCUGGAAUCACAGUGAUCACUGUUAUUCUUUCACGUGCCGAUGUGGUGGAAAAUACAUUGUUUCCAAAAAUGAAGUUGAAGAUGUUUCAUUAGUAAACUGUGAUACAUGUUCAUUAGUUAUAGAAAUUAUUUGAUGUGCCAUCCAGGAAAUACAUCAAUACGGCUGGUACUGUAAAUAGCUGAAAUAGUAAAGAAUAGCUCAAUCUGAAAUUGUUUAAUUCUUGCAUUCCAAAUGGUUGAAUGUGUAUGAAAAUUCUCAGAAGAAAAGGUAUGUGAUGAUAAUUUUUAGGCUCUCUGUUUCAUUAAAAUUAAACUACAAAUAA